AUGUCCGACACUGACGAGGAGCCCAUCUCGGUCUACGACGAGGUCGAGAUCGAGGACAUGACCUUUGACGAGGCCCUGCAGAUCUACCACCACCCGUGUCCCUGCGGUGACCGGUUCGAGAUCGCGCUCGCGGACCUCCGCGACGAGGCCGACAUCGCCGUCUGCCCUAGCUGCAGCCUGAUGAUCAGGGUUAUUUUCGAGGUGGAUAGCCUCCCUAAAGAGUCCGACUUCGAUAAAUCUCCGCCGCAGCAGGCCCCCAUCGCGGCGUGA